UCAUUCCACCUUGUCGCUGCUCCCUGCAUUUGAGGAAGUCGCGUGGCGACCCGACCGGCAACUACAACCAUAGCAUUCGAGUCGUUUACCCGCCGACUCAGGGCGUUGAAAAGAGUGGCAAUCCAGAGAAAAUACCUCAUAAUGUUAGUGGCUACGAUUAUAUUAGUCGUGGCUUUGCCAUUUUAUGUAUUUGCGGACGAUACACCCAAAGGACCGAAAGUGACUGAUAAGGUCUACUUUGACAUUACCAUUGGCGGGGAGAAAGCUGGAAGAAUUGUUAUUGGUCUCUUUGGAAAAACGGUCCCCAAAACCGUCAAGAAUUUUAAGUCACUGGCUGAAGGUUUUGAGGAUGGAGGAAAGACUCUAACCUACAAGGGCAGCAAGUUCCACCGGGUUAUCAAGGACUUCAUGAUCCAGGGAGGAGACUUCACUCGUGGAGAUGGAACCGGAGGCAAGAGCAUCUAUGGAGAUCGCUUCCCUGAUGAGAAUUUCAAGCUGAAGCACUAUGGAGCAGGCUGGUUGUCGAUGGCUAAUGCUGGCAAGGACACAAAUGGUUCACAGUUCUUCCUCACAGUAAAGAAGACUGACUGGCUGGAUGGACGACACGUUGUUUUCGGGAAAGUUGUUGAAGGAAUGGAAGUGGUACGUAAAAUUGAAAAGGUCAAAACCAAUCCCCGGGACAAGCCAUCCAAGGAUGUUAUAAUUGCAGAGAGUGGAAGCAUUGAAGUAGAAAAACCAUUUGCAGUGGAAAAGAAAGCAGCUGAUUAGAAAACAGCUGUUGCUGUGUUGGAUAUCCAAGGUGUGAGGCGUUACUUCUAUUUAGGAAUACAUUUAUUGAAAAAGCCAGGAAAUUCUAUUCCAUAUUUUUGUUAGUCAAUUACCAAGUUUACUUUCAGACAGACAUAUUUUAUUCAAUAAUGUGUCUGUCGGUCAGUUUACUUUAUGACCAUUGAAAUGAUUGUUUGAAAGCCUCAUACUUUGGAUACUUGUGAGAGUGUGCAUAUAUAUUUGUGAACUUGAGAGAACAGAAGUUGUCCCUAUCUUCAGGUAUAUUCAUUGUUACAGGUUCUGUACUUGAAAUUUACUUUCAGCUAACUAUAAAUUACUAACAUAUAUGCAAUACUAACUACAGUCUCAACAAACCGUGUAAAUCCUCUGUACCUGAUGUGACCAAAGAGCCAUAGGUUCACAACAGAUGUGUGGAAGCGUCCAUUAUUGUGUACAUUUCAUCCAGCAGGCCCUGAUGUCUUCAGCAUGCUGGCAGUGGUGCACCAUGGAACCCAAAAUAGCAUUGAAAGAAAUGGUUAUGAAUGAAUAUACUAUCAACUUUUUGCAGUCAAUGCUGUCACUACAUGACUGCAUUUACAUAACAUAAGUUUUGAAAGUUUUCAAUUCCUCCUAAUCUGUUAGGGAAAUAAAAUUUGGUAACUUGUUGAAUGAGUUAUUUUAGAAUUUGUUCAGCUAUAUUAUGUGUUCCAUGUUUGUUGUGUCUUCCUGGACGCUAUGUACAAGAGGGAUUUUAUUUAUUUGUUUAAGGGUCAACCAUUUUUACUUUGGACCAUUGUUAACUGGAUCUAUAUAUGUCAUGUGCUCAAAUGACAGAUCAUUUCUAAUCUCUGGAAUAAAAGUUUUGUAAAGA